AAACGCCGGCGAUGGAAUCCCCCAAUCAACGCGGCCGGCCCGAGACGGGACAGGAACCACGGACCCUGACCACUGGGUCCUUGUCCGGGGGAUGAGCUCGAAAGACGAAAUGGAACUGCCUUUCGUCGAGGUAUAUAUAUUAUGUCUCGAACAUCGCAGCUUUCCCUCCCCGUUCUUUUGACCAGCUCGCCACCUUCGUCUUCUCAACUGUCUCCCGUCUCGUCUUUCAGUCGUUUCGUUGUGAUACCCCGUUGUUAUCGUCACUUAUUACGACCGCUCGCCAAAAUGUUCACCACCCAGGCUCUCCUCACCCUCGCCGCCGCCGGCCUCUCUUCCGCACAUUUCACGCUCAAGUACCCCGAGUGGCGCGGCAACACCUUCGAUGACACCCUGAACUACACGCAGUGGUCGUGGCCUUGCGGCGGCCCCGCAUACGGCUCCGGCAACAGGACCGACUGGCCCCUCUCGGGCGGCUCCCUAGGCGUUACCCUCGGCCACGCCUACAACUUCCUCUACAUCAACCUCGGCAUCGAGGAGAACGGCACCGUCGCCAGCUUCCCCACCUCGCUGACCCCGAACCCCCUCAACACCACCGGCAGCGGCACCCUCUGCCUUUCCGACCUGCUCGUGCCCUCCGACCUCAACAUCACCGCCGGCACCAACGCCUCGCUGCAGGUCAUCAAGGUUGGCAGGUCGGGGCAGGCUCAGUAUAACUGCGCCGACAUCCGCUUCGUCGAGGACGCCCCCGAGCCCACCGAGGAGCAAUGCGCCACGGACGACGGCGCGUACUUCGCCAUCGAGCCUCAGAGCCACGAGGAGGCCAACGCCACCGACGGCGAGGACGGCGACGACGCGGCUUCCGGCGACGAGGACCGCCCUUUAAACGACGAGGGCUUUUUUUGACGACGAUACAUGGGAGUAAUGCGCGGGAUUCAAAGCCGAGGGGGGCGAAACCACAAAAGCAAAGUGUACAUUGUAAUGUCUUGAUGUAUUGUUGGGCUUAGAAAACCAGAUGAUCUUGUUGUCCGUCUUCUGGCGGGAAGCCAACGUAUGUAUAGUUGUUUGUAUGGUGAUACAAUACCCGGCGUAUGCUGAAAUGAAUAUGAUAGUUAUAUCAGAGAGGCAGAUGCGCAAACAUGCAAAAAAACACCCCGCCACCUUAAAACUGGACCUUGC